ACACCACCAACUGUAGCAGUUGAUCAGAGGGGGUGCUCGCCAGUCGCGUUUGGCCAGCGUGCCAGGAGCCCCCGAUAAAGCCGACCAAUCCCCCCGACCAGGGGGGUACGUGUUUAUUAAACUCGGCCAGUAACGCCACCGUGCUCCGAGCCCCCCUAGGACGUGCGAAUGGGCCGGAGAAAGCCGGACGCGUUUCAGUCCUGUCGUGAGAGUGUCACAGUCUCGACACUAGACUGAUUUCCCUAAAAUCCACUCAAGAUGUGAUGUGCGAGGUUGAAUUGAGGUGGAGGGCUGGCAUCCCAUCCCCGAAAGGACCAAGAAACGAAGAAAUAACACCCCAAGAUUGCUCAGCACUCGAAGCCCGCUCACAAAACGCCCGAAAUUGCUCACAAGAGGUUUGUCGAGCUGGAAAUUUCAGCUGAGAAACCUCGCUAGAUUUUUUACACAGAGAUUGACAGAAUUAACGAGGGUGAGUCGUUUCUGUUGGUGGCACACGGGAGGCAGACAUGGAAUAGCCGAUCGAUUUGCUGGUGUGUGCGCGCCCUGGAGGGACGCAAGCCUGGGUAAACAGAGUUAAUAUUGGAGAAUGGCGUCAGGAUUGCCGAGCGGUCAUCAAAAGAAGCUCGGGCCAGCGCCGAUAGCAUCAUUCGAGGAUCUUUCCGACGAGGUGGAAAACGGAGAAUCAACGGCUCGAAUGCCGGGGAUCGUGGAGGUGACGACCCCCGUUACACCCGGGAGUUCACUCAAGACACCUAGCACACCGAGAAUUGACAUCAGCCGGGCUAGCAGUUCUUCGCAUCAUGAGGACAGCAAUAAUUCGAGGGAAUCGUCGCCUGAGAGAGAAUUACUCGCGGGGGCUGAUCCUCCCACGGGAUGUAAGCUAACCCUCGGCUACAAGGAGGACGUGCAAGACCUGCGAUCCUCCACCGAGGAGCUAGACCUCCAAGACCCAAUUCACGCUCAAGACUUAAAGAGAGACGCAAAACGCGCACGACGAAGAAAAGAGGAUGGAACGCAAUCAGAGUGCGGUGGUAGUUUGAAGCACGACAGGGAGAGAAAAGACAGCAAUUGCUCCGAGAUAAUUCUCCUGAACAUAAGUGGCAGAACAUCGAGAUUGUCUUCCGUCGGUAGCCAAGGGUCAGGAGUAUCUGGUAAACUCUCAGUUGUCUCAGCCACGUCUUCCAGGUCGCCGAGUCCGCACAAGUGUCUGCUGGAGACGUCGUUUUGUGGCAGCAAGCCAACACUGGCCGACAAUCUCAUAGAGCCCUCCAAGCCAGAGACCGAUGACCUGGAGAAGAUUCUAUUGAAACGCGAGGCUGACACGACAAAGGCACUUAUACCCGAGUCCAUAAAGGUGCCAAUGGUCGGUGGGAAUCUAAAGCCAGAUCCACUGGACAAACCAAGAAGACGUGGACGAGAGGAGAGAAAGGAAAUAUUUAAACGUGAAGUUGAGAUAACUAAGAAAGUCCUGGAGAAGGUCAACAUCGAGGUGCCAAUAAUAAGGAAGCCACCGCCCCAUAAGGACCCUGAUGAGCAAUCAAUAAGGUCUGGUCAGGAGAUCCAGAAGCCUGCGACCCUUGAUCUCAACGACAAACGAAAAAAAGUCCAGAAUUUCAAGGAUGUCGUGCAGACAACUCCGAGUAUCGGGAGCUUAUCCGGUAGUCCGAAACUGCCGAGGCAUCAGAAAGUUAGGGAAUUGGAGGGCUCGAGAACACCUAGUCCAUCAUCAGUAUCAAGAAAGAGUAGUUUUGCUUCAUUAUUCAAAAGUAGAACAGACGGCAGUGUGCUGAGCCCCGAGUCCCCCACCCCGAGUGCAAAACCUCGUCGCAGUAUAACAUCAAAAAUAAGAGACACAACCGAAAGCCUCCGAAGUCGAUCCAAGUCCCGAGAAAGAGUGUCAAUAGACAAGGGUUCCACGAAAAACAAGAAUGUGUUCACAUCGACACUGAGUCUGUUCAAGAAACGAGAGCGCAAGAAGAGUACAGACGACCUGGCGACCCCAGAGCACGACGGAGCAUCGGGCAACACGUCCCUGGACAGCAUCGGUCCCGUGGAGUUUCGUUUCGAGGGUGACAGACCAGGAAGAAACGAGGACUCGAUCUUCAUCAGCCUCCACGCGGACUCUAGGAACUACGAGGAGGCCCUGCCCUCCGAGAGUGUCUCAAUCCCCUUGGAGACCCCCACAAAACUCCUGGACGAGUACGACAAUGAGCCCAGAACCGGUAGCAUCAUAACCGAGGCAUCAAUUGAGCAUCAUCGUGCCUCGGUCACGAGGAUACGAACAGAAGCGAGGAUCGAGUCGUCAGUCCCGAGAGAAGACUCGCAAAGCCCAUUGCCCCAGAGUGCCUCAAAAGAUUCUGAAAUAUCGAAAACCUCAUCGAGAGAUUCCAGAGCAAGUAUUCAAACCGCGAAGCACAUCGACCUCCCUUCGAGACCUUCAUCAAGCCAGGAAUCUAAAGCCCCCGACGAUCAAAGAAUCCCAUCGAGCUCCUCGAGAGACUCAAUCGAGCCUCGAAAGCCAGACAUUCCAAAGCCAAAAAGAAAGAGUAAAGAAGCCAAAGAACCUCCUCCAGCAAUCCAAAAGCCAGAGAGACUCCACCACCCGCCACCUGCCCAACCCCCAAGAGAAGCGAAGAAGCAAGAGGACCUCACACGCCCCGAAGAGGUCCUAAAACCCCAGGAAACCCUCGUGAAAACCCCGAGCGUCGUUUCCGACCUGGACCACAACAGUUCCGAAUCCGAACGUGACUCUGAGAUCGACUUCAUCCGGAACAAGGCUGCGAAAGCUGUUGAGGAAUUGCCAGACGAGCGAAAAGGUUUGUUCAAUGAAGAAAGUUUCGAGGAGGACCUGCCCUACGUGCCAACGACCCUCCCUCUGGAGAAAAGUGUUGCUGUACCAAUGCUCCCAGUGAAACAACGCCUCCAAGAAGUGAAGACGAUACCGAUCGAGAGACCAAGAUCAACGACGCCAAUAAACCCGACCCUCCUGGACGAAUUCGUCCUGCAGACAGCUCACGACGAGAAGCGAGUGGAUAGAAUGAAGAUUUCAUUGCCACGUGAGGACAGUUUCAAGCUAAAAAGCCCGAGGAAACACGCGACGAAUACGUUCAGUGAAUUUGCUGGACGAGUGGCUCCUGAUUCCAAGAGAAGUGGAAAAACACCUAGUCCACCGCCUCCACUGCCCCCACGAGCUGCCCCCCGGCCCAGCAAUUGGAUAAACUUCGAGGAGAUCCCAGAAAGACGAAAAGCACCGAAGAGAAUUCAAACUAUUCCACGAGCAGAGGACGAGGCCAAGGGUUACAGCUACGUGCAGCCUGAGGAGUGCAGGUGUGAGUGCCACGAGGAGUCCAGAAGAGCUUCCACGAGGGACCCAACGUCGGGAUCAAAUGCAGGGGCUCCCUCAGUCACUGGGACUUCGUCCUGCAGCAGCAGCAAUGGCGAGCGCAAUUGUAAUGGGGAGAAUUGUAAUGUUCCAAGCAACUCUGGUGAUCGUGCAAGCAUCGUCAGUGACAGCUCGUUGGAGUGCAGCUUGAGCAUAGAGGAGGCGGCUGGUACGCAGGCACUACUUGGUACAGGCAAGCCAUUCUCCAUGGAUCUAGAUGUUGGCUCUAACAGAUCGAGCAUCAUAUCCCAGGAGGAGACUGACGAGGCUCAUCAGCCAUAAUCAAUAGUUUUUUAAUUGAAUAUCUGAUCUCUGGGGAUUUUUGAGUUUGCUGUAGCUGUCAGUGACACUGUGAUGUUUUUUUGUGACCUGUUUAUUCGGGAGAAGUGUGACACGUGCUGGGGAGAUUGUGAAUAUCGGUGUAACGAAUUUGACCCACAUUGGCUAUUGGGGUGGCGAACGAAAAAAUGAAUUAAAGGAUGAAAAGUUUGGAUGGGGGAAUUGAGCCAACAAGACUGGAAUCGAUAUCGACGAUGCAGUUUACUUGAGAAUUUGUCUGGACUGGACUGAUUUCUUAAGAGAUUACUUUUCUCGGUUUUAUGGAUAGUCUGAGGACUACGAAUAGUCCCAGGAGGAGACUGACGAGGCUCAUCAACCAUAAUCAAUAGUUUUUUAAUUGAAUAUCUGAACUCUGGGGACUUUUGAGUUUGCUGUAGCUGUCAGUGACACUGUGACUUUUUUUUUGGUGACCUGUUUAUUCUGGAGAAGUGUGACACGUGUUGGGGAGAUUGUGAACAUCGGUGUAACGAGUUUGACCCACAUUGGCCAGUGGGGGGUGGCGAACGAAAAAAUGAAUUAAAGGAUGAAAAGUUUGGAUUGGUGAAUUGGGUCAACGAGUCUGAUUGCAACGAUUUAAACUCGAUGAAUGGCAACGUCACGAGGAAAUCGAUAUCGACAAUGCAUUUUGCUUGGAAAUUCGCCUGGACUGGACUGAUUUUGUAAGGAGGACUUCUUUUCUCGGUUUGACUGUAGAGCACUGAACACAUUCAAUCGAUUAUUCGACGUUUUUUCGGGGAUGAAAAACAGAAAUAAAGAGGAAAGAAUGAGGAUAUCCGGUCUAAAGAUCGAUUGCACUUGUUUUAAUUAAUGAGUGGAUUUUAAUUCAUCAUUCAACUAGCUGGUCUAAAAUUGUUAUUCAUCGUGAAGAAAAACCAAGACCAUCACUUCGAAAUUAAGAUUAAUCUAAUCACGCGUAUUGCGUCGAGCCUUUAGCAGGUCCAAAUGGAAUGUUUCUCGGAAGAAAGAUAUUAUUGAAUUUAUAAAGUGAAUUAAUAAUAACAGUUGGUGUUCAAGAUUGCGAUGAAACGCGAUAGGGUGCACCGAGAUGAAUCAUAGAAGGAAAAAUCAAAUUAAUGGUGAAAUAAACUGAAAUAUUCUGGUAAGAGUUCUCUACAUCCUCUCGGUACUUCAAUCAUUACUACGAUUACUCGUAAACCUCUCUCUCUGCUCAAGAAAAUUUCUGUAUUAUUUUUCCCUCGAUAUUGAUGAAAAACAAACGUGGAAAAUCCUAGUCCAUCCCUCGUUACCUCUUAGACGUAUUUUCUAUUACACGAGACUAUAUUGUGUUCAAUCAUACGGUUAAAAGACACAUUUUUCGAGUGUGUGACUGCAUGAAGGAAUUUGCGCAUUUUUAGAAUUAAAGAGUAUUUUCCCCCGUUCACAUUGAAAUUAUAAUGAGAGGAGAAUUCUGUGAGGGAAAUGGAAUGAGGAGAUGUAGUAAUCAUAUUCGUAUUAUUUCCCACGAAUUAAACGUCGUAUUUCAUAGAAGAAAAAUUCUCUAACGUUAUGUUUUAGUUUUUUACAUGUCCUGCUUGAAAAAAAUAGAACUUUUUGGACAGUUGACUAGUAAUUUUCAAAUUUCACUUGAAAUUCCAUGAAAUUCCUUAUUUUUUAGCAAUAAGAAGCCGAAAAUUAAUCAAACUACUUGAACUUUCCAUAAAAAGAAAAAUAUUUAGCACAAAAUGAAGCUAAACUUCAAAUUAGUUGAUAUUUCAACAAUUUUUAUCAAUUUUCUGGGAAUAACAGUGAGGAAAAAAUUCUAUUCUGCAGAAAAUCAUGCUCACAAACCGCAAAGUUAGCUCCUCAUAUUAUUCUCCUUCAGAAACCCAAGCUGACAAAUCCGUCGUGUCAACAUGAAGAUGAAAAUUCUGUUGACAGAUGGGAUAUGUUCCCACGGAAUAAACGUCUCCUCUCCUGCCUGUGGUUCCUCAAACACGAUGCUACGAUAUACACCAAGUAUCAACCUUGUUGAACAUUUUAAAAUUGUACCUGUCGUCUGCGAGCGACUUAUCCCCCGUCUGUUCGUUGUAACGAGCCAAGGAAAUGAAAAUAAAAGAGUGUAAACGUCGGGUCUGAAGAAUGGUAAAAACCCAGUUGAGACGCGGAAGACGUCCUAGUUAGCUCCACAAUAGUGGAUAAGUAAUAAAUUGAAGAGAGCCUGUUCCAUUGAUUUACCCUUUUUUUAGAAUUUUGGUGUCUAGACAAGAAAGUGAAAGAUUCAAAAAAAAACUAUUAUAUAUAAAAUUUUAAAGAAUAUACCGAUAUAUUAUAUGAAUACCAAUGCCUCAGGCCGUCGAAUGCGCCUCGUUAUGAAAUAAUUCUUAAAAGGAAAUGAAUACUGUAAAAUUGUGAACGCGAGAAUGAUGAAAAACCCUGACUCUAACCCUUGUUGAACGUUAUUUUGUAUGGAAAAUACGUGAAGCCACUUUUUUAUCCCAUUUGAUAUUUUUUGUAUUUUUUUGUUAUCAUUUGUUGCCCUCAGUCCCUCAGGAAUUAAAAGAAUAAGGCGAGAAUAGUCUCGCUGAGACCGAGUCUUUCUGACUCGUUCGUGUGAGCUCUCCCCGCAAUAAUGAAUAAUUAUCAAUUGAAAAUAUGAAUGAAAAUGGUUAAAUGGACGGAGCUCACUCAAACGUUCACGAGAGACUGUCCUCCCACCAGUACGUGAACGUUUACCGUUUAUUUUCAUGAAUUAAGACUAUGAAAAACGGAUGAAAAAUAUUUAAAUGUUUCUAAUGUUAUGUAAAUAAGACUCGGUUUGUUAAAACCAACUGAUGAGAAUGAAGAGAAAGAAUGAAUACUGAAACAAGAACAAAGAAAAGUAGACAUGAUUGGUGAGAGAAUAAAUUUGUCGUGUGGUGAUGAGAAUUUUGAUUCGAUUAGAACAUCACAUUCGAGAGACGAAAAAAAAAACAAAAUAAAAUGUUUAUGUGUUUUGAA